AUGGUGGGGCAUGGCGAGAUCGAGCUGCUUCCGCUUGGUACACAUGCUCCCGGAGACGGAUUCAACCUGGCAGCCAUGGCCAGGAACGUAAGAUUGCCAGACAGCUGCCAGCGCCGCAGAGUCUACGAGGCUUGGCAUGACUUGGCUUUGGGUGGCCGCAAUCGCUUCCUCUGCGCGGGCAGGUGCAUGGUCGGCCCGAACAUUGACAAGCGCUUUCAGAUGUGCACCUUCUGCGCUUUGUUUGUGCCGUCGCUUUUCUACUUCGUCUUCUGCAUGCGCUACCUUUGGGAGAAGGUCGAGACCCAGAGACUGCAGAUGAUGCGAGUGCGUCAGCCCAUGGAUGCCUGUGCUGACCGGCAUUCUGCUGUUCUCGACUGUUUCGCUGUGGCUUCUGACGGCCUGUACUGA